CCAAGUAUCUUCUAUCUCAUUAGUCCCAGCAAAAAUCUUCCCAAGCUCAAAACUGCUUUUUUUUUGUUUUUUUUGGGAGUGUUACUACUUUUUUGGCUCCAAGAUUGCUGCUUUUUUGCUAGUGAAUGAAGUUUUUGCUGUUUAAACAGUGAAAAAGAAACACCCAAGAUUUGCUUUUGCUGCAAAGUUGCAUUCUUGGUUGUUUUUUGGAAGCACAAGGCUCCAAGAUUGCUGCUUUUGUGUUAUUGAAUGAAGUUUUUGCUGUUUAAACAUUGAAAAAAAAAAACCCAAGAUUUGGUUUUGCUGCAAAAUUGCAUUCUUUUAGGUCUGAAGAAGUAAAAUGUGUGAUUCUAUGGCAAAAGAGACACUCAAGAGACUUUGUAGAAGCCAUGGAUGGUCUUAUGGAGUUUUCUGGGGAUUUGAUCAGACUAAUUCUUUAUUAUUAACAUUGCAAGAUGCAUACUAUGAGGAACAAAUGGGAUCUGUGAUUGAUGAAAUGCAUCUGCAAGUCCAUAUUCUUGGUGGAGGGAUAAUUGGCCAAGCAGCAUUUACUAAGAAACACAAAUGGAUGUUUUCAGCUGCUUAUCAUGAAAGGCAGAUCCCUAUAGGAUCAUCUAAUAAUUCCAACUUAUUCCUGGAUGAUAACGAGUUUGAACAACAAUUUUCAACUGGGAUCAAGACAAUUGCUGUAAUAUCUGUCGAACCACUGGGUGUUCUGCAAUUUGGUUCUACUAAUAAGCUUCAAGAGAGCACGUGUUUUGUGGAUCAAGCAAGAACACUUUUCCAGGGGAUAGGAGUAUCACCGACUUCAUCAAUCUGCGAGAAUCUGCAUUUUGUGAAUUCCACUGUUUUGCCAACUGCAAACAAUGAAAGUUUAAUGAAGGAAUCUUGUUUUCUAGAAGAUCUCAUUCAAUCGGUAACAUGCAAUGCGGAAAGACAGAUUAUGAAUUCGGAUGUAGCUACUUCAUUUUUGAGUGAAAACCAGCUUCAGAAUGUGAAUCAGUUCAAUUAUUGCAGCAGCCAAUUUGAUUCUCAACUACAGCAAGAAAUGUUCCCAUCUGCUGGUUUCUUUACCGGCUUCCAGGAUUCCUGUUUAACGUCAACCUGGGAAGAUCUCCCAUCAGAUAUGAGCAUACAAGAUUUCAAUAAUGUCCUUUCCACGGGGACAAACCAAUUUGAAUAUGGCACAGGUGCAACUCAAAGCUUUCAUGAGAGCACAACAUUUGGUUCCUCAGGUGGAUUUGGAGUAUUUGCAAAUGAGGAUACUACUGGCCCUCUAAGUGAAUAUAUAGUUCAAUGUCCCGUCAACCAGAGAAUUGAUGGAGCAGUUAACACUAUCAAUGACAACAUAUUAGAUAAGACAGGAAUCAUUUCAGCCUCUGCUGGUAUAAAUGAGCAGAUUAGGUUUAAUGCAGACAGUGAUGUUUCUGUUUCAAUUCAAAGUUCCAUCACCAAUGCCUUUGAAACUGUUGAAAAUGUAAACUGUUCAAACAUGUCUCCCUUUGAGAAAAUGACUAACUUAGUUGGUGUAAAGCAUGAUUCUACAAAACCAUGUAACUGGGGUGAUGUUUCGAACCCUGUUGGAAGCACUUCCAACUCUGGAUGGACCUAUAGUAAUGCUAGUGAACUCAGAUCUAGGCCAGCUAACAGGUUAUUCUCCAAACUGGGACUAGACCAGUUUCUGGAUGGCACGUUGAGCGGCUCUUGUUCAUUUGCUGGAUCUGUUUCCGAUGGACAGUUGCCAGAAACAAAUAAGAGAAGAAGAAUUGGAGGUUCUUCAGGGUGCAAUUAUAUUCCAAAGCCUCUAGUUUUUUCUAGCUUUGAUAAGAACACAAAGUUGGUGCAACCUGAAUGUGGUCUAGAUAGGACAAGCAACCUCGAAGCCAAGAGUGAGGUCAUCACAAAAUUGGAUGCAAGUACAUUAAUUGGAGACAGAUGCAGCAUCAAUGACUGCAAAGGCAAUGAAAAAUCCUCAAAGCCUACCAAGAAGAAGGCUAAACCAGGGACUCGGCCUAUUCCUAAAGAUCGGCAGCUGAUCUAUGAACGUUUUUCAGAGUUGCGAGGGCUCAUCCCUAAUGGGGAGAAGAUGAGCAUUGAUCGCUUAUUACACAGAACUGUAAAGCACUUGCUUUUCUUGCAAGGUGUCACUAAACAUGCUGAAGGACUCAAAAAGGCUGAAAGUUUGAAGGAUUCAAAAACUCGGUUAAACUCCAAGUCUAAUGGCAAUGGAGUUACAUGGGCAUGUGAAAUUGGUGAUCAAACAAUGGUUUGUCCGCUGAUAGUUGAGGACCUUAGUACACCUGGUCAAAUGCUUAUAGAAAUACUCUGCAAUGAACAAGGCUUCUUUCUGGAGAUGGUAGAUAUAAUCCGAGGCUUUGGCUUGAACAUACUGAAGGGAGUGAUGGAGUCUCGCGAGACAAAGAUGUGGGCACACUUUGUUGUUGAGGCUGAGGGUAACAGGCUAGUAACUAGACAUGAGAUUUUUUCAUCUCUUGUUCAGCUUUUACACUUGACGAGUGCAAGUGAAGUCGGUCUGAAUAAUCAGCUUCAGAAUAUAUCCGGUGGAAGGAAUACUCUAGUAAACGAUUGCCCACACUCUGCUGUGCCAAUAUCUGGCAGCUUACCUGAAACAAUCCGAUGUGUAAGAUAGCAAACAUUGCAGUUACUAUUCUUUUUAGAAAGACAACUGGCUAGCUGACACUUCCAGACAAGGAAAUGUGCCAUUUUCUGAUUUCGUUUUGAAUGUCUAGUGAAGUAAACUUGUUCGGGUGCAUAGGCGUUUUUGCAAACAACUUCAGGGAUUUGUUUGUGGUGACAUAGAACACGCGAAGGAGUAUAUUGAGAGGAAGGUGUCUCAAAGAGUUUUUUCCUUUUCAAGAUUGCUCCUUUUUUACCCCUUAGAACACUCGAAAGGAUUUCUCUCUCUCUUGGCAGAGUUUGUUUAUAUGAUGUAGUUGACUGACUAGCUAGGUAAUUAAAGGUUACUUUCUGAUUUUACUUUUCCAAUUUCUGUUGUUUCUUCUGUAACUAACUAUGAAACAUGAAUUACUGAGAAAUGUUAUUACAUUAGUCUUUGCUUGACAUAUAAA